AUGACCUCCCAUGUCAGCGAGACGAAUAGGCUGACAGUCCGGGAGACAGACGAGGCUGGAAAUCCUACUGCAACCUAUAUCUACUCGGGAGGUGUCGCUUCCUCGAUCACUUCAACACCGACUGGCCGAGUAGAUGUAAUAAGCGCCUCUCCAUCAACCUCAUCAUGGUCAGCCAAGCCUCUAUUCAGCUCCCUGAGUGAUGUUUUUCUUCCUUCCGGAUAUCCUCAAAGUGUCAGCGAUGACUAUCUCCCAUAUCAAAUCUUUGAUUCCCUUCAAGCCUUCUGCAGCUCAAUAGCAGGCCUCCUCUCCUCCAGAGCCGUCCUCCAAGGAGUCGGUGUCGGCAACGCCAACGCCUCUCCAACCUCCGCCCUACUCUUACACAUCCUGCAAGACAUAUCAGGCCGCAUCGCAACGAUCUGCUUCGCCCACCGCGUCGGCACAGCCCUCGAGCCGGAAUGCAAAACCUACCGACUAGCAGCAGACGUCUUUAACGAUAUCGCCAUGAUCCUCGACUGUCUCUCGCCGGGUGUUCCAGCCGGACCAGCGCGAGUGACUGUCCUCAGCACAGCUGGUGUGCUUAGAGCUCUCUGCGGCGUAGCUGGAGGUAGCUCGAAGGCGAGCUUGAGUGCUCAUUUUGCUAAAUGGGGGAAUCUGGCGGAGCUUAAUGCUGUGCGUGCCAUUUUCAGAUUCCUGUGUACUGUCUAG